GAACUCUAAAUAAGAUGUCCGCCGGAUGUCUUAUGCGUAACAUAUUUCACGGGACAUUAGUAGAACGUUGCAGACAUAUUUUGGAUGUCGUUCAUAUGUUCUGUGUUUUGUGGGGGUUCACGAUAUUUGUAUGACGUAUUUCUAAUAUCCCAGUGUUCUCUGGGUAGUUUUAAUUACUAGUGCAAGAGAGAACAAAGCUGACAUAUAUCCCUCAUUGGGGAUAUAGCCAUAAAGGAAAGGAGGAGAGAGAACAACGAGGACCGAGUGUGUCUGAGCGAGUUUACGAACAAUUCCACGUUCAACGAUUGCAUAUACAUAUAUUUCUACUGGAGUACAAACUUAUGGUGACAUUCAUUAUUGUGUAAUCUACUGUGCUGUAACACGUUUUACCCGCGCAUUAUAAACGUUUAAAAAUGCCUGUAGAUCAAAGACGUAUUAAUGGCCCAGAAGUGACCAUUCCAUAUAAUAUUUAUUUUGAUAGUAAUGCAAAGCAAACUGAAACAAGAAAAACUUUACCAAAGAAAAGAACCGAUGGACGUGACAGCACAGAACUCCGAAAAAUAUUUGUAAAAACAGGAAUAGUAAGUCAAGCAAAAGGUUCGGCUUAUAUAGAAAUGGGAAAAACUAAGGUUGUGUGUUCGGUGUUUGAUCCCAGAGAAAUUCCAAAUAAAACUGGUUACAGUUUGCAAGGUGAACUUUUCUGUGAAUUUAAAUUUUCACCAUUCUCAUGUUUAAAGAGAAAAAUUCAUCAACAAGAUUCUGAGGAAAAAGAAUAUAGUAUAAUUCUACAAAGGGCUUUGGAAUCAGCAGUAUGUAGACAUGAGUUUCCCAAUUUUCAAGUGGAUGUAUAUGCACUUGUCCUGGAUAACGGUGGUUCCUCAUUAGCAGCAGCAAUUAUGGCUUCAAGUUUAGCACUAUCAGAUGCCAGUGUACCUAUGUUUGGUCUAGUUACAGCUGUAACUGCAGGGAUAUAUCAAGAUAGAUUUUACUUAGAUUUAACAGAAGAAGAAGAAGUUAUAUGUUCAAAAGCACCAGAUGAGUCAACUUCAUCUCGAAAUUAUGGCAUAGUGAUACAGGCUAAUUUACCACAGCAUGGUCAGAUUUCCGAAUUCUUCCAUGUUGGAAGUAUGGAUUUAGCUAAUAUGAAGCCUACCGUGGAAGCCAUAACAACAGCUUGUAAAGAAUUGUGUCCCGUUAUGCAGCAGUGUUUAGUAAAAUCGGUUUUGAAGGCUCUCAAGAGAAAAGAAAAUAUGGAAAAAGAAGACCAAUAAUAAAGUAUUUAUUUAACCCAUUUGAUCCCUUUCCGUACUAAACUUAUUUUGAAGAUUUUCAAUAAAUGUACAAAGGUGAA